UUUGGUUUGUUUGUAGUUUAUGUUAAACGAUGGCACAGAAAAGAUGGAUUCGGUAGAUAGUAUAUUUACCAUUUCUUUUGGGGAAACUCGUUGAACUACAAAGGAAAAGAAAAUUCGUUGGAAAAAGGAACUAAUAACCUGGUAGUUAUUCCGGAUUUCGGAGCGGCAGUGCUGUAGAAGAACACAAUUUCCCACUACGCUUUGCGCUAGGAUUUGCUUGCGUCAAGUGUGCGACGAAAGUCUGUUGUUAAACAAAUCAUAAACGGAUACUUUAACAUCAUUUAACCAUGGAGGAUGUGCAGCUUAAAGAAGACUGUGGUCCAACUCAACCAACACCUACACCUCCCUCUCAAUCAAAGAGGCCAAGUCAGCCUCUGUACGUCCCCAAACAACGACUUCAUGCCUCGAAAGAGAAAGCUCAGACUCAGGGAGAAGUUAAACCAAAAACCAGGCCUCGCUACACAGACAAAGCACGAAAGAACGCCAAGAACAAGAAGGACAAAGCUGGAGGAGCGAAUAAACCAUCGCCCGCUGGGGGAGAAGGAGAUGGAGGUGAAGCGCAAAACAACGACGUUAAGCCAGAUGUGAAGGAGGACCGAUUACAGGGUUUAGAUGCUGAGGCUAAUGGGGAGUCUUCCGCCAAAGUGGAGGCAGGCGAUACUGCAGAGCAGGAAGAGGAGAGCUGGGACACCUUGUUCAACGAUGAUGGAGACUGUCUGGAUCCACAUCUGCUUGAAGAGCUGGCUUUGAAGGAAGGAAAAAAGAAGGAGUCAAUCCAAGAGCCUAGGUUUGAUUACUACAACAUGGACAGAGCCAGUUAUGAUGAUGAUGAUGAUGAUGACGUUGACCUCACAGAGGAUGAACUAUCUCAUAUUGUAGAGAUCUACGAUUUCCCUACAGAGUUCAAAACAGAAGACCUUCUUAAACUGUUUCAGUGCUACCAAAAGAGAGGAUUUGACAUUAAAUGGAUUGAUGACACACAUGCCCUCGGCCUUUUCUCAAGCCCCAUAGCAGCUCGUGAAGCUCUGAGAUCCAAGAAUCCACUGAUGAAGUUGCGACCACUUUCCAAAUCUUCCUCUGCAACAAAGGCCAAAGCCCGUAGCUGCUCAGACUACCUCCUGCCUGCUAAAGAGAGACCUCAGACGAGUGCAGCACUGGCUCGGAAGCUUGUGAUCGGUGCCCUCGGUGUAAAGAGCAACCUCACAAAGGAGCAGCGUGAGGCAGAGAGGAAGAAACUCCAGGAAGCAAGAGAACAAAAGCGCCUGGCAGCCAAGCAGAGGGAAGACGCUUGGGAGGGAAAGUAACUGGACAAACCUCUAUUUUUUUUUUCCCCUUUAAAUUCCUUGAGUCAGCAGAGGCUUAAAUCAUUUCUGUUUCAUGUAAUGCUCUGGUUUUUUAGCUGGCCACUCCUUCGUACAGGCAUGUUUCCGAGAAAUGAUAUUUUUUUUUCAAACUGUUUCCUGAGAGGCUUUUACCGUUUCCUUUGUCACUCAGUGUCUGACAUCAUAAAAUGCUACAUGAUCAGAUCACCUUCAAUUAUCUGUGAACUCACCGACUCACCUGGACUCUAUGUAUUGUAAGCACAGUCUGUAGUCAAGCACUGAAGCUAAUGGUUCAGUUAACAAGUAACGCGUUAACUGAAAUACUUAUCUGUACACAUCCUCGUGUUUGGGUUUUUAAAUGUUUUAAGAUAUAAAAGUGACGUGACGCUUUCAGUUACAUGUCACUGAAGUUCAGUCAUGUUGAUUCGUUAAAUUUUUAUGUGUCACAACAUUGUUGAUUUUAUCCAGUUUGAGUGAUUAAAUUGAAGGUGGUGUCAUUAAAAAUGAAUGCUGCAUUGUUUGCAGUUUAAGUUUUAUCAAAGUAUUAACUUACUUUUAAGCCAUCGUGUCAGGUGGUUUCCGGUGUUUGAACUGAUACCCGAUAUUAUGUAUAAUGUUUUGCUCAACGCAGCUGCUGUUAUGUAUGUCCAGUAAAAAAACAAAAAAAA